AUCGCAGCCCACCAGUCGGCUACGGGAGAUUGAGCUGUUUUCAAUUGAUCUGUAUAGCUUUUAGUUUGGCUUACCAGCCUUGCGAUGGCUAUGAAGGAACUAGGCAGUCAUUAUGAAUACCACGCCUCUUGGGUUCCAUUUAGAUGGCUUGAAUCAACCCGCUCAGGGCACAAGUCAAGCAAUCAGAAGACACAUGCUCUUCAAGUAUUGUUCUAAGGAAACAAUUCUUCGAUCCACGUGCGCAAAUAUGUUUACGACAGUAAAUCCACCACUGCUGCUCUUAAGUCUUCAUCUUUUUCAGCAAAAGACCUGUAGGGUUGUCAGAUACGUACCGACACGCAGCCCAUUUGGUAUGAUUAUAUCUGCUAGCUUCAGCGUGGUAUACAACCAGAAUUCAAGCUGGGUAGCAAUGAGAAGGAUGAGAGCUCACGUUUGCAUACAGAGUUCUUGGUCGGUGGCUACUCAGCCUUGCGUCCCCGGCUUUUUUGUGCUUUGUGAGAGGCCGGGUGCACGUUCAAGCAUCUCCCUCAUUCUUCCUUGUGAUUUCGUGCCGAACAAAAAAAAUAUAGACGGCAGCAACUUAUCGCCAAAGUGAUAAUGAUUCCGAAGAUAGUGGACCUGGGGCUGU